AUGUGCUCCCUCCCGCUGGCACGUUAUUACAUAAUUAAGAAUGCAGAGCAGAAGGCAGUGUACCUGAAGAAUGACCAGCUGCUGGCAGGGGAACCGGGCACGGAGAAUGGCAGCCCAGAGCGGGUGUGCGUGCUCCCCAACCGAGCCCUCGACCCCAGCAAGUUCCCCAUCAUCAUCGGGAUCCAGGGCGGGAGCCGCUGUCUGGCUUGUGCGGAGACCGGGGAGAAGCCCACGCUGCAGCUGGAGGACGUGACCAUCGAGGACCUGUACAAGGGUGGGGAGCGGGCCACCCGCUUCACCUUCUACCGCUCCAGCUGUGGGGACGCCUUCCGCCUAGAGGCAGCCGCCCGGCCUGGCUGGUUCCUCUGCACCCAACCAGAGCCCUGGCAGCCCCUGGCGCUCUCCAGAGAACCUGGAGCCUCCACCAGCACCCAGUUCUACUUCGAGUUGAGUCGGUAG